AUGACACACACUGUCUCGUCAGGCACGGAGCCCAUCGCUAUCGUGGGUAGCGGCUGCCGAUUUCCAGGGAGUGCUCAUUCUCGCUCUUCGUUAUGGAGCCUGCUUGAGAACCCUCAGGAUCUGUGCAGAGAAAUCUCGGCGGAUAGAUUCAGCACAACAGGAUUUUAUCACCACGACGGUGGUAGACAUGGGACGACCAACGUUCGUCACUCGUAUUUGCUGGACGAGGAUGUACGUGUGUUUGACGCGCCCUUCUUCAACAUCAGCCCCAACGAGGCCGAAGCCAUGGACCCGCAACAGCGUCUCCUCCUGGAAAUCGUGUAUGAAGCCCUUGAGGCGGGUGGACACACGCUCGAAGGUCUACGUGGGUCUGAUACGUCGGUUUACGUGGGAACCAUGACGGUCGACUACCUUGAUACUCUCCUACGAGACCACAACACGAUUCCAAAAUACUUUGCAACCGGAAUCAACAGGGCCAUCAUCUCGAACCGGGUCUCGUACUUUUUCGACUGGCAUGGCCCAAGCAUGACUAUCGAUACAGCUUGCUCUUCCAGCUUGAUUGCUGUGCAUCAAGGGGUGCAGUCACUGCGGAGCGGCGAGUCAAGGGUUUCGGUGGCAUGUGGCACGCAGGUCCUCCUGGGCUACGACAUGUAUAUCGGCGAGAGCAAGCUGAAGAUGCUGUCGCCCAAUGGUCGGUCGCGGAUGUGGGAUGAAGAUGCGGAUGGAUAUGCUCGCGGCGAGGGAGUAGCGGCCAUUGUGAUGAAGCGCCUGAGCGAUGCUAUUGCCGAUGGCGACCAUAUCGAGUGCAUUAUCCGGGAGACAGGCGCUAACCAAGAUGGUUUCUCAAACGGGCUGACUGUGCCCAGCAGCGAAGCGCAGGCCGCGCUGAUCCGGCAGACAUAUGCCAAGGCGGGCCUUGACCCGGAGAAGAAGAUCGACCAGCCGCAAUAUUUCGAGGCGCACGGGACAGGGACUCAGGCGGGAGACCCAAGGGAAGCCGCGGCCAUCCACAAGGCGUUCGGACUCAGUCAGAAUAGGGGCCGUGAUGCCUUGUAUGUGGGCUCCAUCAAGACCAUUGUCGGCCAUCUUGAGGGCGCGGCUGGGCUCGCAGGCCUCCUGAAAGCGUCUCUUGGCCUGCAGAAAGGACUGAUUCCUGCGAACCUGCACUUCAACCGCCUGAACCCCAAGAUUGAGCCAGUAUAUCAGGGGCUACAAGUGCCCACGAGGCUGACAGAGUGGCCCGAACUUCCCGAGGGAGGUCGUAGACGCGUGAGCGUAAACAGUUUUGGUUUCGGUGGCGCCAAUGCUCAUGCCAUUCUGGAAGAACACGUCAACGUCGACCUGCCGCCUUCUGCCGCACGUUCCACCCUCGAGGGCUUGUCUCUGCGCCCCUUCACCCCUUUUGUAUUCUCAGCCAACUCCGAGAUGUCUCUGAUCACCCUCCUGGAGCGAUAUUCCGACUCCCUCAAGACUCACCAUAGCGACACGGAUGCUUCCGACCUGGCCUGGACACUGCACUCUCGCAGGAGCCAGUUGCCUGUGAAAGUAUCUUUCUCUGCCCUGAGCAUAAAACAACUCACAGACAAGAUCGACGUCAAGCUUGCCACUGUCAAGGCGAAUGCUGCUACCACCAUCGGCACCCGUACCGCCAGCAGACAUGCAGAGUCCUGUAUCCUGGGUAUUUUCACGGGCCAGGGUGCACAGUGGCCAGCAAUGGGUGCGAGCUUGAUCCGCUCCUCAGCCUUUGUGCGCCAGAGGGUCCAAGAUCUUGAAGAGUCUCUGGCUACUCUGCCAUCUGCUGAUCGCCCGGGGUGGAGCCUCCGCCACGAGAUGCUGGCAGGAAGCGAAACCUCACGCAUCGCCGAAGCUGCCCUCUCGCAACCCUUAUGUACGGCUAUCCAGAUUGUCCUCGUCGACCUGUUGCGCGCUGCUGGUAUCACCUUUGCUGCUGUGGUCGGUCAUUCCUCGGGCGAGAUCGCUGCAGCCUAUGCUGCGGGCUUCUUCUCUGCCCAUGAUGCUAUCAGAAUCGCCUAUUACCGUGGCCUAUAUGCCCGGUUGGCUGGCAACAAGGCUACAGGUCAGCAGGGUGCUAUGCUGGCGGUGGGCACAUCUCUACAAGAUGCUCAGGAUCUUGUUAAUCUACAGGCCUUCAAGGGCCGGCUGACCGUCGCUGCCCAUAACUCUACGGCUAGUGUUACCCUGUCUGGAGAUGCCGAUGCGAUUGUCCACGCCAAAAAGAUCCUCGACAAGCAGAAAAAGUUCGCUAGGCUCUUAAAAGUCGAUACUGCUUACCACUCUCACCAUAUGCUCCCUUGUGGCGACUCAUACAUCCGCGCUCUGCGCACCUGCGGGAUCCGCGUCAAUCGUGAGCGAAACACCGCUUGCGCCUGGUUCUCUAGUGUGAACCCCACCGCCCAUGGCAUGGAGCCUUCUGACGAUCUCAGGGACAUAUACUGGCGGGACAACAUGGCAAACACAGUCCUGUUUGCUGAUGCUAUCAAGAACGCUCUAGCUAGUAAGGAGCAUAUCAAUAUAGCUCUCGAGAUUGGACCCCACCCAGCACUCAAGGGCCCAGCGACGCAAAACAUUGCUGAUGUGCGGCCCACACCUCUUCCAUACUCUGGUGUUUUGAGUCGAGGAAAUGACGACAUUGAGGUUUUCUCGGACGCCCUUGGUUUUUUAUGGACCCUCCUGGGCCCCCAGGCAGUUGAUCUCCAGUGCUUCGAUAAGGUCGUGGGUGAGAGCACAAAGCCUCACAAACUGGUUUAUGAUCUUCCAUCGUAUCCGUGGGACCAUGGCAGAGUACAUUGGAGUGAAUCGCGCAGAUCAAGAAAGAUACGCGAGAGGAAACAGGCUCCACAUGAGUUGCUUGGUGUACUAUGCCCCGAGUCGAAUGGCCAUGAUAUGCGUUGGUCAAAUGUUCUCAAAGUGUCUGAGAUUGCUUGGUUGGAGGGUCACCAGUUGCAAGGCAUCGCUGUUUUCCCUGCUUCAGGCUAUGUGUCGAUGGCGUUGGAAGCUUGCCGGGUCCUUUCUGGUGAACAGUCGAUCCAACUCCUCGAACUGCACAACCUUUCCAUCUCACGGGCCAUUACUUUCGAGAAGGAUGACCAGUCUGGUGUCGAGACUCUUACCACCUUGACUUCCAUCGAGCGCCAUGCAGACCAGACUGUGACGGCCAACUUCUCGGUCUAUGCGGCCCAGAAUGCGAGCAUCACCUUGAACCACGACCACGAACUCGUGGCAAGCGCAUCUGUGAGGAUCUCGAUCGGCGCUUCAGGUACUGCAGCCUUGCCCGACACCAGUGCCGCGAUCGAAGACUAUAAUAUGACCGAGGUUAAUGCCGACCGUGUCUACACCACCUUCUCGAAGCUGGGCUAUGGCUAUACUGGUUCUUUCAGAGGCAUGUCGUCGAUGAAGCGUAAGCUUAAUCACGCUUCUGCUCUCGUAGAUACGUAUGCUUACGCAGAAGACGAUACUACCUUUUAUCUGGUGCACCCGAGUACCCUUGAUGUCGCCAUACAGUCGGCCAUGCUUGCUUACUCGUCUCCAGGGGACCAACGUCUCUGGUCUCUCCACGUCCCCACCAAUAUUGGGGCUAUCUCCGUCAACCCUGAGGUGUGCGCUUCAGUACCGCUCUCUGGAUCCCGCGUCCCCAUUUUCACCACGCUCGACAAUGAUCCAGAGAAUUUCUCGGCAAAUAUCGAUGUCUUUAGUGAGGAUGGCCAGCAGAGCAUGAUUCAGGUCGAGGAUCUCAUUCUCAGGCCUUUUGCCCCCGCCACCGAGGCAGAGGACCGCUGGAUGUACUCUUACACGAAACUUGAUGUUGCGGUACCCGAUGCGUCGUCUCUUGUAGGCUUGGGUCUCUCCAUCCCAUCUGCACGUGAAACAGAGCUGGCAGUCGCCUGUGAAAGGAUUUCUUUCUAUUAUCUGCGGAAGUGGAAGGCAGAAAUUGCCCAUGACGAAUGGGAGAAUAGCCAGCCAUACUAUCGACAUGUUCGAGAGUUUAUCGAGCACACGCUUUCCCUCACCUCUGCUGGGCAGCAUGCGACCCUGAAGAAAGCAUGGAUCAACGAUAGCAGUCAAGAUAUCGACGCGAUGAUUUCUAGGUUCCCCGGCGACCCGACGAUCAAUCUCAUUUCCGCAGUCGGAGACAGAUUCCCAGGUGCUCUGCGAGCGCAGACAACGCCGCUAGAAGAGCAUUUUGACCCCGGUCUCCUCCUGAGUGAGUAUUACAACAAUGGUCUCGGUAUGGCCGAGUACCACUCGCUUUUGGCCGGCAUGGUUGAGAAGAUUACGCACCGAUAUCCACACGCCAAGAUUCUGGAAAUAGGUGCUGGAACCGGCGCGGCUACCAGGUCAAUCUAUGAGGCUAUCUCGACUCGCGGCGGUGCAAUGCCCUAUUACACCUUCACUGACCCGUCACAAGACGCUAUAAAGAAAGCCGCUGCAGCCUUCGACAAGUAUGGCGACAACAUGACAUUCAAAACCCUAGACAUGACGCAGGUGCCUGUGUCUCAAGGCUAUGAGGAGCAUUCCUAUGACGUGAUUGUCGCCUCCAAUGUGCUAAGUGCCACGGCCUCGCUUCUGGAGAGUCUGAAGAAUACCCGGCAGCUUUUGAAGCCCGGCGGAUACCUUGUGCUGCUGGAGGUGACCAACAACGACCCGAUACGGUUCACGACUAUCAUGGGAGGUCUUCCUGCCUGGUGGCUCGGCGUGCAGGAGGGCCGCAAGUACGCACCUACCAUAGCACCAGGGGUCUGGCAUACGACUCUAAGAAAGGCUGGGUUUGGUGGUAUCGACACAAUUACACCAAGGACGGGCGGCCCCAGCCUGGCCUGGCCGUUCUCCGUCAUGACAGUACAGGCUGUUGACGAGCAAGUGCUUUAUCUCCGACGGCCGCUUUCGUCAUCUCCUCACGUCUUCAUCAACAACUUGGUCAUUAUGGGCACUCAGACCCUCGAGAGCGCCUGGAUUGCCGAAGGGCUUUCGGACAGCCUCGGGCGAUUCUGCGGCACCAUCACCAUUCUCGAGGGCCUCCCUACCGAGGCCGAGGCGCAGGCCCUGGGCACGAUGGGCACAUUUGUCAACCUGGUGGACCUCGACUCUCCCAUCUUCAAAAAUCUGACAAGUGACACGAUGGAGGGCCUGAAGCGGGUCUUGGAUCUGGCCAGGCAUGUUUUGUGGCUCGUCCGCGGCUCCCAGUCGAGCGAGGAGGCCUACCACGAGGCCAGUCUUGCUUUCGUCCGAUCACUUAGCAACGAGGCAGCCCAUAUCAACUUCAACACACUUCAUAUCUCCGGCGUAGAUGGCAACAUCUCGAGGACCAUCGCUGAGCAGCUCCUGCGGCAGGUUGCGCUCGAGGAACGAGACCCACGACAGCUUCUAUGGUCCAAGGAACCAGAGACCUUCUUGCGUGAUGGGAAGCUUCUCAUCCCCCGCAUUUUGCCGAAUCUCAACCAAAACGCUCGACUUAAUGCCUGCAGGCGUGUCAUUACCAAGAAAGCACCAGUGACGACGUCGAACUUCUCCAUUGAUCUCGGGAGUUCCGCCUUGCUGCCCAGUCUGGUGGAAGACGUCCUGCCGCGCAAGCCAUCCCUUGAUGACCAAAAGGAUUUGCUGAGGGUUGAGUGCUCAAGUCUGGCGGCGCUCCAUGCUUCACCCGAUACGUUUGUGUUCCUCAGUAUUGGGAAGCCCGGCCCUACAGCACAACUCGUCCUUUCAGCGUCGACGACCAAUUCCCACAAGACGGCACCAAUCGUCUCAGUCCCAGUCCCGGUCCAAGUAAGCGACGAGGCCUUUGACGCUGACCGUGUGCUUAUUGCCGUCACAAGUGAAGUCUUUGCCAUGUCCCUGGUCCGGCAUCUGGCUCCGGGCAGCAGUAUACUGGUCCAUUGUUCAGAAAGGGAUCGUUUCUUCGCUGCAGCCCUUUCACGGCUUGCUACCACGCAUUCCAUUCGCGUCACAUUCUCGUGCGUUGCUUACCAGGCAGAGUCUCUGGAAAAGGCGUGGAUCCGGCUAAGCGCUCGCGCCUCCAGUCAUGCUGUGCGGCGGAGGCUGCUUCCUGUGCAGCCCACGCACUUCCUCGACCUGACUGCGCCACGGUAUUCGGGUGUGCAUCCGACGAGUGAUGCCUGCCUCAAUAUCGUCAAGGCGCUGCCCUCAGAAUGCAGUGUCUUGGAUCCGUCUAUACUCUCCAGGCGCCAGGCCUCACUCCUUCCUUCAUUUGACCGAGCAGUAUUGGUCACCCACCUGCAGGAUGCCAUUGCCGGUGUGAAGGCAUCCUUGAAUACAGUGCCUUGCCUCCAGGAGACACGGUUUCAGGACAUAGUCCUCCCCCUUGACCAGCUCACAGACCGUCUUGGAGAUCACGGGACAACGACUGUUUUGAAGUGGCCGGCAGAUGGCCAAGUCGAGCUGAAGGUACGCCCCAUGGAUGGUCGACACCUGUUCUUCAAGGAUAAGACCUAUGUGCUGUUUGGACUCAGCGGCCAGGUCGGGCAGUCGCUUUGCGAGUGGAUGGUCUCCAAUGGCGCCGGCUGCGUAUGCUUGACGAGCCGCCGCCCCAACGUUGACCAGAGAUGGCUCGACUCCUUCCAGGGAACCAAAGCGACCGUCAAGGUCUUUGCAGCCGAUAUCACCGACAGAGAUAGUCUGGACAGCGUGCUCAGAACGAUCAGGAGGACUUGUCCCAUGAUCGCUGGCGUUGUCAACGGAGCCAAUGUCCUCAGCGAUACGCCUUUCGAUAGCAUGUCCACCGAGAUGAUGCUACGAGCACUGGGGCCCAAGAUUGGCGGCUCAAAUAACCUGGACGAGGCAUUCUAUCAUGAUGAUCUAGACUUCUUUAUCUUGUUCUCGUCUAUAUCCCGUGUGAUCGGGACUGCAGGCCAGUCCAACUAUACGGCAGCAAACGGGUAUAUGAACGGCCUGGCCCGGCAGAGACGCAGACGUGGCCUGGCUGCCUCGGCGCUUGACAUUGGUCUCAUUCUCGGAAUAGGCGUGGCUGAAGUCGCGGGCCAACAUGUCGUCGAUUCCCUGCAAAAGUAUGGCAUAACACCUCUCUCCGAGUCGGACCUCCGCCUAGCAUUCGCAGAAAGCAUUUACGCUGGUCAUGCGACCAUGCAAGACAAGGAGCCAGGCGCUCUACCCGCUGCUGGUAUGACGAGCGGCCUUCGUACCAUUACGGCGGACGAGACAGACAUGGUGUGGUAUGGAAACCCAGUGUUUUCGCACCUGGUCAUUGAAAAUAGGGGCGAGGAUACGGGGAAUGAGUCCAAGAAGAAAGCCGCCACUGUUCCUAUAUGGGAUCAGAUGGCGGCGGCGGCAACGAUGGAAGUAGCUUCGGAAAUACUCAAAGAAUCUUUCUUGGCAAAGCUGCGUGUCGUCUUGCAUAGCACUGACCAGGAUAAUAUCGCCUCCGACGCCCCUCUUGUCGAGCUCGGCAUCGACUCACUGGUUGCCGUCGAGGUGCGGUCCUGGUUCCUGAAGACGCUCAAGGUUGACAUCCCGGUGUUGAAACUGGUCGGUGGGUCAUCUCUCGAUGAGAUCUGUGAAAUGGCCUUGAAGAAAUUGCCGGGAGACCUCGUUGCGCAAAUUGGGAACAGCCGUGGUGGUGGUGAUGCUGCUGCUGCUGUUGGUGUUGGUGCUACGCCGCCAAAGCCCGUCGCGUCCUCGCAGACACCCGCCGCUUCCAAGUCAAUGUCUUCAAGCAUAGAGGCAUCGAACUCCGGAUCCGAUUGCGAAAAUGCAAGUGCAAGUCAAAAGUCCGCAUCGGCCGUGAACACUCCAACAUCUGCCAUCACACCGCAGACGUCCCUACCUUCCUUGCGAUCAGCGCACAAGGACAACUCGGCCGCCACCAAGUUCGUCAAGAGCAGACCCAUAUCGGUAGGACAGUCCAGGUUCUGGUUCCUCCGCCUCCUGGUCCAGGACCGUACCACAUUCAACGUGGCCUUGAAGUUCCGCCUGGAGGGUAACGUGCGCGUGGGUGAUCUCGAGAGAGCUCUUCGCGUCGUGACGGCAAGGCACGAAUCUUUACGCACAUGCUUUGUCGAAGAUGAAGACGAGGCAGACCAAGCAUUCCAGAAGGUAUCGGCUCGCUCCACGCUCCGAUUAGAGCACAUGACAGUCAGUUCGGUAGAAGAGGUUGCGGCAGUGUACGCGCAGCUGCGAGCACAUGAGUUUGACCUGGGAAGUGGCCCCUUGCUGCGCCUCAUGCUCAUAUCGCUUUCGCCAACCCACCAUUACCUGUUGGUCAACUACCACCAUAUCAUCAUGGACAUGGCUAGUUUCCAGAUCUUCACAGCAGAACUGGAGAAGGCAUAUAACUCACAACCACUUGGGCCGCCGCCUAUGCAAUAUCCUGACUUCUCGGUGGCUCAAUGGCAGGAGAUCGAGAACGGGGAGCUGGCUGACGAGCUUGAGUACUGGCGGGGCGUAUUCCCAGCUGGCGAACAACCACCAGUCCUACCACUGCUGCCCAUGGCUCGCUCAAACUCGAGGAUUACAAUGACAGACUAUGCUGUUCACCAAGUAGGCAUCCAGCUUGAUGCAUCCUUGGCUGAGCAGAUUAAACUCUCCAGAGCACAACGAUGCACACCCUUCCACUUCUACCUGGCAGCAUUCAAGACAAUGCUCUUCUCCUUCACAGACAUCCAGGACCUCACUAUCGGUAUUGCUGACGCCAACCGCAAUAAUGGCGAUGUCAUGGGAAGCAUCGGGCUAUUCCUCAACCUCCUGCCCUUGCGAUUCCAGCGCAAGUCGCAGCAGGCCUUUGUGGAUGCCAUGGUGGAGGCUCGUGAUACCGCCUAUGGGGCUCUCGAGCACUCGCAGCUGCCUUUUGAUGUGCUUCUCAAGGAGCUUGGCGUGGCGCGUUCUCCAUCAUACAGCCCCUUCUUCCAGGCCUUCUUCGACUACCGAAAGCAGACGACGGACAGGGAGGUCUGGUGUGAUUGUGAGUUCCGACUUGACGAGAUGCAUCCUGGGAGAAGCGCAUAUGACAUCUCACUAGAUGUGGCCGACCUCGGCUCGAAUGUCCAUGUCACAGUCCGGGUGCAGCAAGGUCUCUACAGCCUGACGGCGGCGAACCUGCUGCUGGAAACUUACGUGCACCUCUUGUCUGCCCUUGCCAAGAACACGACGCUCUCUCUGGACGAUACGCCCCUCUUUAGUGAGAAGCAACUGGCCCAAGCCGUCCAGGUCGGAGUGGGGACUGAUCUGAUAUCUGACUGGCCGGCGACGCUGCCCCAUCGAAUCGAUCAGGUCGCUCAGGAGAAUGGAGACAAGACAGCGCUGCUAGAUGGCCAUGGAAGCUGUCUUACAUACACAGCCAUGUCAAGGCGUAUCCAGGCACUGGCUGAGGCGAUGAUCCGGGCCAACCUGGGCCGUGGAUCUCGUGUGCUUGUGUUCCAGGAUGCUUCGACUGACUGGAUCUGCUCCAUGUUGGCCAUUAUGCGCAUUGGAGGCGUCUAUGUGCCGCUCGAUCUCCGCAAUCCAAUAUCGCGCUUAGCAGCCCAGGCGGAUCACUGCAACCCCGGCGCCGUGCUAGCUGAUAGCACAACUAUCGCUGACGCGCCUCAGUUGAAUGCGCCCAUCAUCAUUGACAUAUCCAAGGUAUCCUAUGCACCCUCAGCCCAUAUCGCCAACUCUGCAGAUUCAGAGGCAGCUGCAGCGAUUCUGUACACGAGCGGCUCUACAGGGACUCCCAAGGGUAUCAUGAUCCGGCACGCAGGUAUUCGCAAUGAGAUGGAGGGCUACACCAAGACAUACAAGCUAGGCGCUGAGGCCGUCCUCCAGCAGAGCGCCUUUACCUUUGACUUCUCCAUCGACCAGAUAUUCACAGGCCUCGUGAACGGGGGCCGAGUGUAUGUAGUUCCCUGGAGCAAACGUGGCGAUCCACUGUCUAUUACGGAGAUUAUGCAGCAGCAGUCUAUUACUUAUACAAAAGUCACGCCGUCGGAGUACUCCAUGUGGCUGCAGUACGGUGGGCACAAUCUCCGCCAGGCAUCGGAGUGGCGUUUUGCCUUUGGUGGCGGUGAGCCUAUGACCAGAUCUGUCCUGCGACAGUUCUCCGAACUUGGCCUUGGGCAGCUGUGUCUGUACAAUUCGUACGGACCAGCCGAGAUUUCCAUUGCAUCACACAAAGGGUACAUCGACUAUCGCGGCGAGGCACUCGGCACAACCCCGGAUGAUGGGCCCGUGGCGUGUGGAUUUUCUUUGCCAAACUAUGCAACAUACAUCCUGGACGAGAACCAGAAACCACUGCCUGUCGGCAUGCCAGGAGAGAUAGCCAUCGGCGGCGCCGGUGUAUCUUUGGGGUAUUUGACGAACCAAGAACUAACAUCGCGCACUUUUGUCACGAACCCUUUUGCAACUGAUUGGCAGAGAGCCAACGGCUGGACUCGGAUGCACCGUACGGGGGAUAUAGGACAUCUUGAUGAGAAUGGGUGUCUUAUCUUCCGGAACCGGAUCGCAGGUGAUACACAGGUCAAAUUACGAGGUCUACGCAUCGACCUGGGCGAUAUCGAGACGAAUAUCGUCUCGGCAGCAGGCGGUGCGCUGAAAGAGGCUGUGGUUACACUCCGACAGGGUGAUCCCGACUAUCUCGUCGCACAUGUUGUUUUCACUCCAGGACGACAAGACGUGGGCGAUAGGGAUGCAUUCCUUACCCAACUGCUUAGCCAUCUCCCCAUUCCCCAGUACAUGGUACCUGUGCUUGCUAUCUCGCUCGACAAGCUCCCUCUCACCAGUCACUCCAAGGUUGACCGCAAGGCCAUCAGGGAGCUCCCACUACCCAAGCGCGUUCCAUCAGUUCAUAGUGCCCUUGACGAUGACAACGAUACAGGCGAGACGACGGAGACAAUGAUCCAACUGCGCCAUGUGUGGCGUCAACUUCUUCCCAGCAGCGAGAGGCUCGGACUUGCCAUCACCCCUUCGACCAGUUUCUUCCUAGUCGGCGGGAACUCACUCCUGGCCAUCCGUCUCCAGUCGCGCAUCCGAGACGUCUUCAACGUGGCCCUCCGUCUCGUCGAUCUCCUCGGCGCCCAUACGCUCGACCAGAUGGCACGCAAGAUCAAAGAAAGCCCCAGCGUCGGCCCCAUCGACUGGGAGCACGAGACGGCGCCGCCCUCCACACCGGACUUCCUCAGAGGCUUGCCUGCUCCCGUGAACCAGACGGGAGGCAAGACGAUCCUGAUGACGGGCGCAACCGGAAAUCUUGCCAGACACCUAUUCCAGCUGCUGUUGGCGGAUGCGCGUGUGGCCAAGAUCCACUGCGUCGCGGUGCGGGACAAGCAACGCCAGGAGUGGCCGCUCCCGGAUCCCAAGGUUGUCACCCAUGUCGGCGACCUGUCUCUCCCGAUGCUCGGCCUUGGUAUGGACGGGUUUCGCACCUUGGCCGAACAGGUGGACGUGGUAUUGCACCUGGGCGCUGUACGGUCUUUCUUCGAUGACUACUAUACCCUCCGCGCCUCUAACGUCUUUCCGACCAAGGAGCUGGUCAAGCUUGCCUCAGCACGCCGCAUACCUAUCCACUUCUUGUCGACGGCGGGCGUCCUGCCGCCGGAAGGGUCGUUGGAGGAGGCUGCGUGCUCGGCUGCGGCCUACGUGCCGCCCUCUGACGGCUCCGAGGGCUAUGUCGCCACCAAGUGGGCCAGCGAACAUGUCCUUGAGCGUGCCGCCUCGGCCUCGGACCUUGCGGUCCCAUCCUUCAUCUACCGCAUGCUCCCUCUGUCGGCGGCGGGGACACAGCCUGAGUUGCUGAAACAGCAGGCUCUAGAUGAGUUUGCACGCUGCAUCGACCUAGCCGGCGUGGUGCCCGACCCCGAGGGCUGGGCGGGCCGUAUGGACCUGAUCCCUGCCGACCUCGCCGCUCGGUGGCUUUGCGAGUCGGUGCUCACGUCUCAGCUGGCUGAGCCAGCGACCACGAAACCUCGAUUCUUGCACUACGAAAGCCCAGCCGCCGUUGAGGUAGACGAGCUGAUGGCACAUGUCGAGCUUACUGUACAGAGACGGCGCAGAAAGGGUGAAAAGGAGCUCACCACAAUACCACUCCUCAAGUGGUUGGGUCGGAUCAAGGCACUGGGGUUCGGCUACGUACUGGCAUCGCAUGAGGCUACUAUGCAGAGUGACGAGGGCAAGCUUGUAUCACGAAGAUGA